AUGAACACGCAACUCCUAACCGUCUUCGCAUCAGUCGGGGUGGCCAUGGCUUCAGACUUUCGUGUGACCGUCGGGAUCUCUCAAAUCACCGGUCAAGUAGGAACCGGGCUCGACCCUAACCGAAUCGUCCCAGCCGCUGGCGACACCAUAACCUUCAGCUGGUUGAUCCCGUCCUACAUCCAGAACCCUGCCACCGGAACCUACAGUGUCACCCAGGGCACGUACGACGCGCCUUGCAAGCCAAUGGGCGGUGGUUUCGACAGUGGACCAAAGACUACUGGCCCUGAAAACGCCGGUCAAGCACCAACCAUGACUUUCCAAGUCAAGGACGACAAACCGCUCUACUUUUUCUCGUCGGUCGAUGACCAAUGCAAGAAGGGUAUGGUUCUUGGAGUCAACACGCCCGCCUCUGGUCCGGGUAGCGUUGAGUCGUACAUCAUCGCCGCCGGUGGGAACCCGAACGCUGACACGACUACUAACGGAACUGCCCCGGCUGCCCCGGCGUCCACCAAUACCACCUCCACCUCCGCUUCUGCCUCUAAGAACAACACAUCUUCAACAACCCAGUCUAAGCAACCCGUCAACGCUGGUUCAACUAACUCAACUUCUGCCAAGCCUCAGAACAGCGCCGCUAUCGCUACCGCCCCUCACUCACUUUUCGCUGUCAUCGGUCUCUUGUCUACCGCAUUCUUUCUUUGA